GACGCUUCACUUCCUUGUUCUUCUGGGGAGGACGGAGACGAGUGACUGUAUUCGGCUGAGAUAGCGCUCAAUGUUGGAAGCAAACAUCUAAAAGUGUUCAUUUGUCUCUGUGAGCUGGCAGAACGUCUGAAGCUAUGGCGGACAGCCGAGAAGAGGAGAAAAAAGAAAGAGACCAGGAGCCUCAGGGCGCCGUUGGAGGGGAAGAUGUCAUCGAUGAUCCCAUCCUGGAGCAAGGAGCAGUGGUCCUCAGAGGGUAUGUGAUUGAGCGUAUAAACACAGAGGACCCUGAUCGACAUGUCUCCUCUGAGGAUCUGGGAGGAAGGCCUAAUGAACAACAGGAUCCACAUAUCAAAGACGUGGUGGAACAACUGAUCAAGAUUGCAGACGAGCUGAACAGGAAUGCUGAGCUCCAACGACUGGUCAACCAGGUUCAGGACAAUUGUGCUAAGGAAGUCUUCAUGACGGUGGCCAGGAGCAUCUUUGCUGAUGGCAUCAACUGGGGUCGAGUGGUGGCUCUCUUCCAUCUGGCCUAUAGACUCAUAUACAAGGCACUGACCAGCAACCAUCUAGAGAACAUCAGAACCGUCAUCAGCUGGGUUCUCCAGAUCAUCAGAGAGAAGAUCUACUCCUGGAUCAUACAGCAGGGAGGCUGGGAAGGGGUGAUCCAUGGUUUUUCUCGGUGGAGGACAGUAGCCAUAGUAGCAUCAGUAGUAUUGGUAGCAUCUAUUGUUUACUACAGGAAGACUCGCUGAGACAUCAGACCUUACAACCAGGGCUGCAGUCCCAUCUCCUGGAUAACCACAGCUUCUUAAUAAAGACAGUUUCCGGCCAUUAAUUACAACCUUUCCUCAACCUCCGGGUCCUCAACCAGAGGAGGACAUCUACUGAACUUGGUAACUAACUGCUGUUAGCUUCUUUUUCCAAGAACAAAAAAAUGCAUUUACAACUGGCUCUCCACCAGGCAUCUCCAUCAUCUGACACCAGCAACUAUUCAGUGCCUCCCAUGGAAAUACAAGUGCUGCUGCAACACAAUCUUGUACAGCAGUCUGUCAGCAGAUGAGGCCAUUUAUGAACAUGGGACGUAGCUAUAGAGGACCUGCCAUAUCAGAACCAGGUCUCGGGUCCACAUAGGUUCUGUGUGGGGUCCAAUUUAAAUUUCUCCAGGUCUUGUGUAAGCAAAAUUUCAAUUAUAACUGAAAGGACACGAAAAGAGCCAGCCAAUCAAUAUUCAACAAUCUGAUUGUCAGAUGUACUGUAGCUCCAUAAUGUUAAUUUGUUCUGAACGUUUUAGUAAUCUUGUAUUUCAGCCAUGUUGUCUGUUGAGUUAAGCAGGCCUGUGCCUGUUUUUAGAUGUUUGCAUGGCUACAACAGAGGGAUCUAAAAUGCUCUACACCAUCUUGAAGCACAUUAGUGUGAACCAUUUUUGAGGACAUUUUUAGUCCAUCUCAGGUCCAGGUAGAUAAUCAAGAUAGACACAACCCCUUUUCAGAUCAGAUACACAUUUUUACACUUGUGAUAACCUUUACUUAGCAGCACCUUAAAGCUUCAGUAGAUCAUUAUUAUCAAAAUAUAUUUUUUGUAAUUUGCUAUACCCUGACAGAAGUACAUGUGACAGAUAAUCUUUGAAAAAAUUAGGCUUCUCUGGCUCAUUCUAGUGCUCCUAAAGGUAUUAGCAACAACCAAUCAGAGGAGAGAAAGAUAGGUAAUUGUUGAGUCUUAUUAUCAGGGAGUCAAAUACAGAUGCUUUUGGACCCUGGUAAUAGACUCAACAAUAAACUUAAAGCCUCCAACCCAAAGCCUUGUUCUAUCUCUCUUGGCUCUGAUUUAUUGUUUCAGUCAGACGCAGUGAAUUCUUGCUUUUAGGAGUGCUAGAAUGAACCAGAGGAGCCAGAUUUUUUUCACACAUUAUCUGUCUCAUGUACUACUGUGAGGAUAUAGUGAAGGUUCUGCAAACAUGACAAAAAGUUAUUUUUAGAAAAGUUACCUUCUGGAGCUUUAAUGAUUCUGAUGAAAACACACAGAUAUCCUGGCUAAUGUGAUGAUACCAUAGCUUUAUAUUAUGGCCAAAGCACAGCGGAAAGUGUAAAGCUUGAGCUACAGUUCACAAGAGUUUAAUCUCAUAUUGUUUUUUUUUUUGUUUUUUUUUUACCAAAAUACAUUGAGUUGAGUUAUUGUUGACUCGCUUUUACAUACACAGUCAUUUACUUUUGACUUUCACUUAACUUAAUUUAAUUUAACCAACCAGAUGAUAUAAAUGAACCAUAUAACGGAGUAAUACUACUUAAGCCAGUAGAUGCAAACGGCAUAAACCAGUCCUGUAGCCACUGUGGUUGGGAACAAGCACAUGGCUUGAAGCCUGGUAAGAUGGAUUCUCACGUGAUCAUGAAAGGAACUGGAUGCAGCUCCCUAGAAACUGCUGUUAGCCUUGCUUUGCAGGUUUUAUGGCCCACCAUCAACAUACUAUGUCAUGCUGCAGUCUGACCACAGAAACAAAAAGAUGUCAACACCAAAUACAUAAUAAGGAGAGGCAAAGGCAACAGAACAAACAGAAACGGUAACCUACUGAUGAUAAACAACUGUUUGUCUAAAGGUUGUUCUGUUGUUCUGUAACAUUCCUUUCGUUAUUUGACAACUGAAAGAGAAGGAAGAAGAGACUUUGUCUUUCUUUUCCAUGUGUCUUCCACUGAAUGGUAAUAUGUUAGACAACUAAUGCUAAUGUGGAUGAAAACAAAAAAAUGUUUUUUCCCUAUUUUUUUUCAUUUUGGUUACUGUGUGCAGUAUUUGAACUUCAUUCCCACUUCCACAGAUUUUAAUGGUGAGCAGUUGGUGGUAGAUUUCAAACCUGUAAAACCUCUGAGACUGUGCAAAAAAGCUAUUUAUCUCCUUUUAGUUUUGAGAAUUAUAAUAAUCUCUUAAGGUUCUUAAAGUAAAUGCAUGAGGAGAAGGACCAGACUUUCAGGGUACAAGAAAUUGUCCUCUACAACUCUCUGGGAAAACUGGUUCAUAGAUAAGAAAGUAAUUGUUUAAUCUAAAGCUGAUUACGAUGUGUGCGGGUCAGAAUGACUCAUGGGAACAUUCAGUGACUUAUAGCUGACCUAUAAGGGCUGUUAUCUAGUGCCACAUGAGCUUUUGUCAAGUAUUUUUGAUACCCAAUUGAUCUUGCACUUUUAAAAGGGAUAUCACACUAUUUAUCUACUGUUCUGCGGGUUUUUUUACACUGUGAUCUGAUGUAUAUUUUAUUGUUAUAAAAAUGAUCUGAUUGGACUUUUCAUUUCUGUGAAUAAAUUAAAAAUGUGUUAUAGCA